AUGGACGCCAAACAGACGGCGACGACGGAGGAUGCAGUGGUCCAGGAGAAGCAACUUGAGACUGCUGCCAGUGACAAGGACACUGGGAGUCUCACCAAGCACUCUAACGCCUCAAAGAAGAGCCUGUCGAAGGAGGCAGGCUCCGACCUGAAGGCUGACGGUGCAACAGUGGAGGCCGUCACAGCUGAGGAACCCGUCCAGUACCGGCUGUACAAGGCUAGGUUCGCUGGACUCGUAGCUCUGUUCCUGCUCAAUGUGGUGUCCGCCAUGGCCUUUUCGUGGUUUGGUCCGAUAUCCAACCGAAUGGCUGAGGAUUUUGGUAUCACCCUUGACCAGGUGAACUGGCUAGGUAUCGUCGUAUCGUGCAUCUACCUCCCCACUGCACUCUUCAUUCCCGUCAUCGUCUCACGAUGGGGAAUUCGUCGCUGCUGUGAAAUCGGCGGUAUCGCCCUGAUCCUCGCUUCCUGGAUUCGAUACGCUGGGACAGUUACCUCCCUCCCGCCCAAAGGCGCAUAUGCCUUGCUAUUCUUCGGCCAGGUCUUCGCAGCCAUCGCCCAGCCCAUCUAUCAAGUCCUCGGCCCCAAAUACUCCGAGACAUGGUUCGACCUCAACGGCAGAACGACAGCCACAAUGGUCGUGGCUAUCUCGAACCCUAUCGGCGGUGCGCUGGGACAACUUAUCAGUCCGUUGGUCGGGGACACUCGUCGUUCGAUUUUGGUUCUGGGAAUCCUUGGUACUGCAGUGACACCUUUCAUCCUUCUCGUCGGCCGGGCGCCGCCCACACCACCCACUUAUGCCGCCUCAAAACCUCCUCUCAGUCUGAGCAGCUUGCUCAAGGCUAUGCUUGGCAAACCUCCUUCACCUCAAGCAGCCAUGUCAGGCAGGGAGCGCCUGGACUUUGCAAUCAUCACCCUGGUCUUCGGUUCUCUCGUUGGCGCUUCGAGUUCCUUCGCAGUUCUUACUGCCCAGCUCUUCGAACCCCACAAGUAUACACCCGACCAAGCUGGGUUCUUCGGAGCGUGUCUCCUGCUGACCGGUAUCGUCGGAGCCAUCAUUUCCGCGCCCCUCUUCGACAGAGUCUUCACCCACCAUCUGGCUCUGACGACCAAAGUAUUCGUUCCGGUCACUGCGGCUGGAUGGUUCUCCUUGAUCUGGGCUAUUAAACCUGGAAAUCUGGCGGGAUUGUUUGUGAUCAUGACCAUCAUCGGUGUGAGUUCGGUUACGAUGUUGCCUGUGGCCUUGGAAUUGUCUUGUGAAGUCACCCGGAAUCCUGAUGGAAGUUCGGCUAUCCUCUGGUUCACGGGUAACCUCCUCGGAAUCGUUUUCGUGCUCUCUCAACAAGCCCUCCGAGCACCACUAGACGCUGACCCGCCCCAACACCUCCGCCGGGGCUCAAUAUUCAACGGAGCAUGGGUCCUCGCUGCAGCAUGCUCAGUCUUCUUCAUCCGCGGUCUCCAAACUCGCAAACGACUAGACGAAGAGAAGAGGCGUGAAGCUGAGCAGAGACAGGGUGAUAACUCGGAGUUGUCGCCUGUUUCCCCUGCUUGA